AGGACCAGGACCUGGCUGCCAGCCCUGCGGACCCAGACAUGCUGCCUCUGCUGCUGCUGCUGCCCCUGCUGUGGGGGGGGUCCCUGCAGGAGUAUCCAGGGUACAAACUACAGAUACCAGAGUUGGUGACGGUGCAGGAAGGCCUGUGUGUCAUUGUGUUCUGCGAAUUCUUCUAUCCCUGGCAUGUAUCAUUUACCACUGACCAACUCUGUAUCUACUGGUACUGGACUGGGGACAACACAUACUCAAACCGUCUUGUGGCCACAAACUGCCAAAACCUAGUAGUGAAGACAGAGACCCAGGGCCGAUUCCACCUCCUUGGGGACCCCAAGACCAACAACUGCUCCCUGAGCAUCAGAGACGCCAGAAAGAGUGACACAGGGAUCUACGAGUUCCGAGUGUGGGGACAAUAUGUACAAUAUUCCUACCGAACUCAGCUGAACUUGCAGGUGACAGACCUGACAGAGAAAGCCGACAUCCACAUUCUGGAACCUCUGCAGUCUGGCAGCCCCACGAACCUGACCUGCAGCCUGCCAGGAUCCUGUGAUGGGGGGAGACCGCUCACCUUUUCCUGGAUGGGGGAUGCCCUUAACAUGCUGGACCCUAGUACACUCCAGUCCUCGGUGCUCACCCUCACCCCGAGGCCCCAGGACCACGGCACCUACCUCACCUGUCAAGUGAAACGCCGGUGGCCUCAGGUGACUACGGAGAGGACCAUUCGGCUCAAUGUCUCCUAUGCUCCACAGAACCUCACCAUCAAAAUCUUCUUCCAAAACGGCACAGUCCUCAAGGUCAUGGGAAACACCAUAUCCGUUCCCAUCCUGGAGGGCCAGUCCCUGCGUCUGGUCUGUGUUGCUGACAGCAACCCCCCUGUAGAGCUGAGCUGGUUCCAGGGAUCCCAAGCCCUGAAUGUCUCUCCCAUCUUCAACACGAGUGACUUGGAGCUGCCUCCAGUAAGAAUUGGAAAUGAAGGAGAGUUCACCUGCAGAGCUCAGAACCUACUGGGCUCCCAAAAUGUCUCUCUGAGCCUGUCUGUGCUCUACCCCCCACAGAUGCUUGGAUCCUCCUGCUCCUGGGAAGCAGAGGGUGUGCACUGCUCCUGUUUCGCCCAAGCCUGGCCAGCACCCUUCCUGCACUGGUGGAUUGGGGACAGACUGGUGGAGGGGAACAGCAGCGAUGCCUCCUUCUCAGUCACCUCCAGCUCCAUCGGGCCCUGGACCAAAAGCUCCCUGAGCCUCAGCAUGGAGCUCACCUCUGUCCUCAGACUCUGCUGUGAGGCCUGGAAUGACCAUGGGAACCAGAGUGUCACUGUCCUGCUGCUGCCAGGGAAAUCAGCAUCCAGGGCAGAAGUGGCUCUGGGGGCCCUUGGAGGUGCUGGCACCAUGGCCCUGCUCUCCCUGUGUCUGUGCCUCACUUUCUUCUUCAUAGUGAAAGCCCGCAGGAAGCAAGCAGCCGAGAGACCAGGGGGCAUGGAUGAUGAAGACCCCGUCAUGGGUACAGUCACCUGGAGUUGCAGGCAAAAGCCCUGGCCAGAGAGUACCCCUGCCCAACAGUCCCACUCUGGGGAUACCCCUCCCUCAAGGGAGGAGCAGGAUGUCCAUUAUGCCUCCCUCAGCUUUCACGGAAUGAAACCACAGAAGUCUAAGGACGAGGAGGCCACCAGCACCACUGAGUACACAGAGAUCAAGACAAGCAAAUGAGGACUCGCUCAGAGCUCAGUCCUGGCCUGAGGAAUCACAGCCUGUCUGGGAAAAGGAGAAGUCAGGGACUAAUUGAUGAAAAAUGGAGAGCCCUUGUGACAAUAUUAAUGUAACCACCAUAUGAGGACAUCAUGGUUGGUAAAGUGGAGGGUUGGCAAAGGCGAGGGAGGCCCUUGAUGAGAUGGAUUGACACAGUGGCUGAAACAAUGGACUCAAACAUAGCAACAAUCAUGAAGAUGGUGCAAGACCAGGCAACAUUUCAUUCUGUUAUACCUAAGGUCACCAUGAGUCAGAGACAACUCAAUGGCAACUAACAACUGUAUGAGUGUCCCCAGGUAGAGCAGAAAGCAUAUAGGUGAUGGAGUUAGAGAGACUCAGGCUCAAAUCCAGGCUCCACCACUUUCUAAGGCGUUGUUACCAAGAACUCACUUCAUUACUCUUUGCCUCAGUUUCCCAUGCUGUAAGUGAGAGAUAAUGUGUCCUACCUCAAAAAUUAUUAUGAGUAUUAAAGAAAUUAACACAUGAAGAUCAGCUAAUAGAUGUCUUGUCACACAGCAUGUGUCCAGUGGUUGCUGGUCUCUCCUCCUUGAACAGAAAGUCCCUCUGGCAAGUUCUCCUGAGCCUGGGAGUGACCAGGAACAGAGAACAGGGCAACAUGUUGGUGUCACUACCCUUCUCAUUUUUCUUCAAAGCUUCCUCAGCUUGGCAUUCAGUUCAUGAUGUGCCAUCUUACAACCUCUCCAGGGUCAUCCCUCCACUUUUAUUUGUUGAUCCUUCCAAAAAUUCCCUCACCUUUUGGCCUCCAGUUCCUCCCUCAUUUCACAUAUGGAUCCCAGAGGGAUCUUUCCAACGCCCAGAGAGAUGACCCUGACUCUGUCUUGUCCAAAACCCAUUCAUGGCUCCCUGGCCUUAGAUGAGCAUCUCCCCCAGGCAUUUAAAGCCCUUCAUGACCUCACUGCUAUCUACUCCUCUGUCCUUAUCUCUUGGCCCCACCCUUCCUUAAACCUUCUGUGUUGAUUCAUACUGCCGUCUUUGCACUUUGAGAUCGUCUCCUGAAGACCAUGCCACCUUUCCUUCACCUGCCUUACGCAGUCUUGUCCUUCAAACCUGAGUUCACAGGCAGAUUUGGGUUGAGAGAAUGGACUGAAGAAAGAGCUCAUAAUCUUCCUCCUCUAAAGUUGAACUAGUUGAGUGGAGAAAAAAAAAAGCACUUAAGAAGAGCCAAAAGUUCUCCAGCAGCACCUAAACCUGGAAGAAAACUACAAUGUUAUUACAUAAGCUUUAGAAAGUAGUCAUAAAGAAAGAAGUGGACGAUUCCAGUGUGGCACUGGGAGGACACUGGUCUUCAACAUCCAUUCCCCAAACCCCAUUUUCAAUACCAAAGUAAGAAGUCCAGUUACGACUAUCAUUUUGGUAAUAACAGAUUAGGUCAUUCUUAUCAAGCCUCAUGCUGAAAACAAUAAAAUCUUUUGGACAAA